GUCAGAAAGCCGCCGAAGCAGCCGAGUCAGAAUGGCUUUGCCGUUAUAGGACUACAAACGGGAUGUGGCGUCAUUUCCUGCCGCCCCGUCUCGCUUGACAAACUUUCAAAUCCGUUGGCGGUGAAACUGAUUGCUGUGUUUACUGCAAUGGCUCCUCUCAAAUUUGUCAUCAAGUGUGGGAACUUUGCCGUGCUGGUGGAUCUCCACGUACUGCCCCUGGGCGGCCAAGAGGACGCCAGCUGGUUUACUACGGACCACAUCGAGGAGGUUACAGCCCUGGUUAAAGAUGCUGUGGACCAGAGGGUUAAGCAGUACACAGAGUCCCUCCACAAUAGAAGACGGCUCAAACAGAAGAGGGAGCUGCCACCUGCUCCGGCCUUUGUUGCGAAAGGGAAAAAUUUCAACCUGGUUGCCAAUUUUUUGAAGCGGCACUUCAACCUCAGAUGUCUUUCCAAACAGCUCUAUGGGGAUUUGCGUGUGUUUCCUGAACGAUAUGUUGUGUGUGUGAGCUGUCCAGAGGAUGCCUCAGCACACCAUGGAAACCCGAGCCUGGCCGCGACUGAGCUGAGCGAACAAAGCAGAUCAGAAUAUUUUUCCAGAGUGGGAGAAACCCAAGAGCCUUUAAACAGCCCCACAAAAACAAAGAAGACUGUGCUUCAAAAGAUAGCCAAACAAGCCAGUGUCCAGCAAGAGCUCUGUGGUUCCAGUAUGGGGGAGCAGCAAAUUGACCAGAGAGCCUGUCCAAAAGACCAAAGAGCUGGAGAGUCAGAAUCAAGCCCAAAAGAAACUGUGUCCAGCUCUGGACUGAAGGUCCCCCCGGAGGCAGACCACAAGGUGCCUUGUCCAAACGCCUUAACUGAAGCCAUGGCUCAGAUUGGGACUACUAGAAAGCAGGGCCUGACCCAGGAGCAGCAAACUGAGAAUAGUUGUCCAGACAGCAUCAACCCAACUGGGGCCUCAGUAGUUUUCUGCCAACAACAAGAAAUCAGUCAGGAGACCAGCAAGAGCAAGAGGUGCAAGCUCAGCGAUGCAGGGGAAGACCCUCACCCACAGAGGGCCAAGAGGACGUGCCUUGGAAGUCCUCCAGCCGCAAUGCAAACUCUCUCCACCGAGUGCUCCACACAAACAUCCAAGCAUGACCUUCUUCCUCUGCCGCCCCUUCCUCCAGUUGAAGCCAAGGCAGAGUCCAAGGCUUUCCCAGUCUCCAAGUGCAAGAAAACCACACUGGAAGUAGAGCUGCUUACUCCAGGGAAACGGGCCCAGAGGCUCCCCCUCACAAGCAAUAACACGGCACAGACAAACCAAAACAGGCUGGCCGCAAGUCUGAGGGGCCUAUCUGUCAAGCCUGCAUCCUCAGGCUCCUCUAUUAGUUCCAGAUCCACACUAGGAGAGGAGGGGAGUGAAAGUGUGCCCAGAACCUCUAGAUUACGACGACUGAAGAGGUCCUGAGGGGGAGAGACAAGCUACAGUAAAGAUGCCUGACGCCACAGAGAUAGAGAUGAUAUUGUGUCAGGCUACAUGUUUACCCCAUGCAGUCUCCUCUGUUGACUUGCAUUUGUACACGUGUCACAUUUUACUAUAAUAUCAGUUUGGUUCACAUGUGCUGUACAGACACAUACACAUACACACACACACAGAUCAAAUGCUGAACACAUUAUGGCAAUUGAUACACGAGCAUUUGAGUUACGCUUUGUCAAAUACUUGAAACAGACUUUGCCUCCACCCAUAAGUAGUGGUGGUCAAGAGAGGCUCGCAAAUGAAAGUCAAAAACCUUUAAUUGGAGUUUAGAUUUGGUUUUGUGUUAAAGAUUGGGGAUUUCAGACAGGCAGGAGCCAUGCAGUACGUCAUGGCUUUCAGUCUGAAAUACUGGCUCCUAUGUGUCUGAAAAGUGUCCAGUUUCCCCCGCUGAAACUCUGGUGUGAUUGAUUGCUGUUUCCAGAUUUAUUUCAUCACUCCGUUCUCAAAAAUGUCUUUUUGUAGUUAGAUUUCAUUCAUAUACAAUUUGCCUAGUGCUUAGUUGCUAAGCACCUGAAAUGUAUCUUUAAAUUUGAGGGUAUUAUGCAGCUUUUAUGUUGAACUCAACCCAAAUAUGUGUGGGUAUAUGAGCAGUAGUGAAGUAUUAGUGGUUUUAUUUUGGACGUCUACAGUAUCACAGGUUAAAAUGUAGCUGCUGUCGUCGCCCCAACACUUGAUGGGGCUGUUCAUGUCACUCAAUUGGCCCCGGCCUGAGAGCAUGGGGCAACUAGGGGCCAACAGUCACUCAUACCCUGUAAAGCCUGAGAUGUUCCAUCUGAUGACAUAAUGUUGCAUGAAUACAUUACAGUUUUAUUUUUAUUUUACUGAGAAGAUGUUUUAUCAUAUAAAUAAAUGUGUUUUCCUUGGGGAAAAAAAC